AUGAAUACAGAUACACAUCAACAACAAUUAUUACAAGAAUUACAAAAUACAGAUGAAGAAAGAGAAUUAUAUAGAUUGGCAAAUGUUACUUUGAUAAGAGGUACUUCUGAUCAAGGUCAAGGUGAAUUAGUUUUAACCAGCAAGAAUGUUAGAUGGACAGGUGAAUCAUAUCAAUUAUGUAUAAGUUUUUUAAAGGUGGGAUUGUCAGCGAUCAUGAGAAAUACAGAGCAACCAUGUUUGUAUUGUCAGGUUGAUAAGUUACCAGAGGAUGUCAGCUCUACUUCAAAUGGAAAUGGAAAUAAUAACUCUGAAAAUGGUGGUGGUGAUGAAGAUGAAGAAGAUGAAAAUGAACAUCACGUAUUCGAAGACGAUUCUUUUACUGAACUUAAAUUUAUACCAACAAAUAAUUCAAAUCUUACCGAAAUAUAUGAUAAUUUCUGUUUAGGUGCUUUGUUAAAUCCUGAACCAGAGACAAGUGAUGGUGAAGGUGAAUUGUAUUAUGGUGGAAACAAUCAAAUGGAACAAGAUGACGAUGAAGAUUACGAAGAGUUUCAAGAUGGUGAUGAUCAAGACGACGACGACCAAGACAUCGAUAUGUUAAAACCAGACCAAGUUGAUGAUCUGGUAAGAUACCAAAACCCAGAUGAAGAAUAA